UAGAGAACAAGACUGAAAGCUGCUGAGUUGCUGUGGGCAAGCUAACUUCUCAAUGUGAAGCUAUCCCAUGAUGCAACAUGUGUCCCCAGCACCUGCAGUGACAAUGAUGGCCACCCAGAGCGUUCCUCCACCAUCGUACCAGGAGAGUCAACAGAUGACGGGCACCAGUCAGCAGAACACCAAGACCCCACAGGUCCAUAUCCCAGCAGCCUCUGCAGCAGGAAAUACCUCUGUCAGUGUGACUCUUGACCCCCAAGCCCAGCUUGAGUCUGACAAGAGGGCAGUUUACAGACAUCCUCUGUUCCCACUGCUGGCAUUGUUGUUUGAGAAAUGCGAGCAGGCCACACAGGGAUCUGAAUGCAUCACGUCAGCCAGCUUUGAUGUGGACAUUGAAAACUUUGUGCACCAGCAGGAGCGAGAACACAAGCCCUUCUUCAGUGAAGAUCCAGAGCUGGACAACUUGAUGGUAAAGGCCAUUCAGGUGUUGCGGAUUCACCUGCUGGAGUUAGAGAAGGUCAAUGAGCUCUGUAAAGAUUUCUGCAACCGUUACAUCACCUGCCUCAAGACUAAGAUGCACAGCGACAACCUCCUCCGUAAUGACCUCGGAGGACCCUAUUCUCCAUCACACACCAGUCUCAACAUGCAGCAGGAACUAAUUCAGACCUCCUCUCCAUCCAUGACCUCUGUCUCCAGCUCUGUUAACCCUUCAGGGAUUGUGGUGCCUGCCGGGGGUCUGCAACAGAGCAAUGUCGCCAUGACUACAAUCAACUCUCAAGUGGUAUCGGGUGGGACCCUGUACCAGCCGGUUGCCAUGGUGACAUCGCAAGGGCAAGUGUUAACGCAGGCGCUGCCGCCGGGAACCAUCCAGAUCCAGAAUUCACAGGUAAAUGUGGACCUGUCGUCCCUGUUGGACAGUGAAGACAAGAAGUCCAAGAAUAAGAGGGGUGUCCUGCCCAAGCACGCCACCAACAUCAUGCGCUCUUGGCUCUUUCAACAUCUCAUGCACCCAUACCCAACAGAGGACGAGAAAAGGCAGAUUGCAGCACAAACAAAUCUAACUCUUUUGCAAGUAAACAACUGGUUCAUCAAUGCUCGUCGGCGUAUCCUCCAGCCUAUGUUGGAUGCCAGUAACCCAGAUCCAGCGCCUAAAGCGAAGAAGAUGAAAUCCCAGCACCGCCCAACACAGCGCUUCUGGCCUGACUCUAUUGUGGCGGGAGUUCUGCAGACGCACAGAUCUCAAACAGGAAACAACGCAGACAACCCGCUGAGUAUGGACAGCCUCCAGUCGCUGUCAUCAGACUCAGCCACCCUGGCCAUGCAGCAAGCCAUGCUGGGAGCCGAUGACUCCAUGGAUGGCACCGAGGAGGAGGAUGAAGAGGAAGAGGAGGAGGAAGAGGACGAAGGAGUGGAGGAGGAAGAAGAGGAAGAGGACGGGGAGGAGGAACACGACAGGGGGAGGCAAAUCUCCAGCGUCGGAAGGAGAGAUCUGAGCAUGGAGCACAGAGAGGAACUGGAGUAGUCAAAAGGAGGGAAAGACUAUCUGAACUUUGACCUCGGUUGACCUCUAAGGAACAGCCUCAUUCAAACUCAACUGGGAUGACUCGAAUGCUAAGUGACUCAUGAGAGCAUUGAAGGGCAUACAGUUUUAGGUUUUCUCCAAAUUCAUCAUGGACUCUUCUGCAGAGCCACCAUGGAGGCUAAUCGGACACAAUGACCACCAUGAUCAUGAUUAUAGAGGACAAAUAUUAGUUUAAUGGCGAAUAUGUGUUGAUUCUUUUUAAUAUAGUAUG